AUGAUGGGUUGCUAUGUCGUGGGGAGUGCCGGUGGCAAUGAAAAGGUUGAUUUCCUCAAGAAUAACUUUGGAUUCGAUGAUGCAUUCAACGACAAGGAAGAAAACAAUCUUGAUUCUGCCUUAAAGAGAGAAGGGAAGAUAACUUGUGUGGAGGAUAUAGCUGAUGGACUUGAGAGUGCUCCUGACGCUCUCGUUGGACUCUUUCAUGGUAAGAAUGUUGGGAAACAACUUGUCAAAGUUUCUCGUGAUUUCGAAUGA